GCUAACACACACACAGACUUGCCUUGCAAUGCCAUGUUUGUGCAUGUGUUUCUACAACUGAGAAGGAAACAGGGAGCCUGCCUGCCUUGCUGACUUGUCUGAUGUUUUCUUGUUUCUGUUUCAGCAUUCAGGAUAAAUCCUUCAACACCACAGCUUUAGCAGAAGAUGAUGAUAACAAAGAAAAUUAUCCAGACAACACAGCUAUCCUAGAAGAAAGGUGGCCGCCUUUGCAAGAUACUCAGCAGCAGAAGGAGCAGGCUUUGAAGCCUGACAUGGGCAACUUAAAGCUAAGAAAACCUAAGCCUGUCUCAAAGUUAGAAAAUGGAAAAGGCCACGAGGAAAGUCAGGAGCUGGAGAGUUCAUUGCCAGGCCUCCCAGAGCGGCAAGGGAAGGCAGGAUCCUCAGCUAAUGACUGUGCAUGGAAUGUGGAUUUUAGAUGCCAGGAAGCUGUUGUGAGAUUUCAGCCAAGAAUUGAUCAAAACACAUGUGUUUCACAAAAUGAAGCAACCGAGCAACUAUGCAGCUCAAGUGAGAAUUCUUUGUUGAAGCUACAAGCCAUCGAAACGGAUCUGUGCUCUGCGUUUCUGCCAACCCAGGAGGAAACUCCCCAGCUGCCAGCACCCAAGGAUCCAGCCCCUUCAUCAGUCCAAACCAGUGUGCAAGCUGAUGGGGCCAGUAGUGGAGACCAAUAUCACUUCAUUUCUCCUAUUAUUGAUUUUAGUUUAAUGCAUCAGCAGAGAGAUAGUGAAGAGCCUUUACCAGCCCACAGAGACUGGCAGAAUGACAUGGACAGCAGCCCACAAGAACAUCGCUCCCUAGGAGCCAGUCGAUUGCUGUAUCACAUUACUGAUGGAGACAAUCCUCUUUUGUCACCACGCUGCUCUAUCUUUAGCCAAAGCCAGAGAUUUAAUUUAGACCCAGAAUCUGCCCCUUCUCCACCAAGUGCUCAACCUUUCAUGAUACCAAGAAGUUCUUCUAGAUGCAACUGCGAAGAGUGCAAGGAACCCCAAACAGUAGCACAACUUACCAAGCAUCUUCAGAGUCUCAAGAGAAAAAUUAGGAAGUAUGAAGAAAAGUUUGAGCAAGAAAAAAAAUACCUGCCUUCACAUGGUGACAAGACUUCCAAUCCUGAAGUUCUAAAAUGGAUGAACGAUUUGGCCAAAGGUCGUAAGCAGCUCAAAGAGCUGAAACUCAGAAUGUCAGAAGAGCAAAACUGUACCUUCAGAGCAGGCCAAAGAAAGGACAGUAGUGAAAGUGCUGGGACCCCCAUAGAGACUAGGACACAGGAGGCCACAAGCAUGGAACCAGCUCCUUCAGCAGAAGAAACCAUGGACAGUGUAUUGAGACAAUUAAAGGAGAAAAGACAACACCUCAACAUUCCUGAGACUAUUAAGGUAACUAAACAAGAAAAGAGUCUUAUGAAACCUCUUUAUGACAGAUACAGAAUUAUCAAGAAACUUCUUGCAACUCCAUCAUUGAUCACAACAAUUCAGGAAGAAGAAGACUCAGAUGAAGACCAUUCUCAAAGCAGCCAUGAGUUAUCAUCUGGUCCAAUAUCUUGCCUCCCUAUUGAUGAGCACCUGUGUUACUCUCAGGAGGAGAGUGAGCCUGCACAUGUCUCACCUCCAAAUGAAAAGAAAACUUUAAGACAAACAGCCUUAUCUAUGUCCAAUUUACAUGAGGCAACCAUGCCUGUUCUGCUUGAACAUCUCCGAGAAACAAGAGCAGACAAGAAAAGGCUUCGCAAAGCUUUAAGAGAGUUUGAAGAACAAUUCUAUAAGCAGACAGGAAGGAGUCCUCUAAAGGAAGAUCGUGUACCUAUGGCAGAGGAAUACUCAGAAUACAAGCACACAAAAGCCAAAAUCAGGCUCAUAGAAGUUCUCAUCAGUAAGCAUGAUGUUUCCAAAACAAUUUGAAAUCAGUACAAUGCAGUGGUAUCAUUCUCUAGCAAAUCAAACAAACAAUAAUGGAAAAACAAAGUGGUAGUUUUAGAGGUCUUGGUCAGCUGCACAAUUAUUUGACAUGCUGAGAUCUUUUGAUGCACUUUACCAAUUCUGAAAGCGGGAAUGAGGGAGGACAGCAAUAUAUGAGAAUAUUAAGAAUGGGUGAGUGAACUAUAUAUAGAAUAUAUAUAUAUUUUUUCACUUUAAAGCCUUGAAGUGCACUGUGAGAAUGUUAGAAAUUAAAAGGACACUGAAGUAUUGUUGACUCUGUUUGACUUGUUCCUAGGUUUAAAAAGUGUGAGGAAAUGUCUCCAGGUUAUUAGUACAUCUUAGAAUGCACUAACGUACCACAUGCUUUUAUUUUUUUUUUAAACAGAAUUAACAUGCAGUAUAAAUAAAACUAUAACUAUUGUUUCUCAACGUGCUGAUUGGUUCACUAGAUUAAAAGAAACACAAGCAAGUAAGUUUAAAACAAUAAAUUCUGUCUUUCAAGACGGAGUUGCCACUUAAUUCCAGUACAUUCAAGGGAAAAAAAUUGACAGGAUUUAGAGGAAGGAGGCAUGACUGCCAAAUGGAAUUACUGUAUUUCAGAAAUAAGAGAAAGAUUUGGCAAAACAAAACAUUUGAAGUUUACCAGGAAGAGAUUUAGCAAACGUACUGGAUGCUGUCUUUUUCAUUAUGGUUCACAGGACUUGGCUUAUGGUACGUAAAAUUGGGUAAAUAGACCAACUAUAUGCUAAUUUUUAUUUCCAUACUGAAUUUCUGCACUUUAUUUUGCCUGAUGCUAUGAUGUUUGCUUUUCUGAUUACCAAAGCUUGUUUAGAAGCAUGCACUUUGUACAAUGUCAAGUUAUUUAUUUCCUGUGUCAUACAAAUUGCCACAUAUAUAUAAAGACUAGAGUAUUGCAUUAUGCUAAGAUAUUUUGGAUAGAUAAAGUAAAGUACCUGGCAUAUAAUUGAGUGUCACAGUUAUCUGAUGAGGAACACUAGACUUCUUGUUUACUAUAAAAAAGAUUAUAAAGAAGAUAUUUUUCCAUUCAAAUGAUACAUCUUUCUUAACUUUCAGAGCACCAGACUUUGUAAUAUUAAGGAAAUUUUCCCUCUAUUUGUGAUAAGUCGUUGGUGUGAAUUGUUACCAGAAGGAUUAUCAGUGUUUUUGUACUAGAAAUGAAAAGCAGGGAUUCUGGGAAAUACUUAGCCCAGGCAUAAAGAAAGGAAGAAUGAGAGAAGAAAAACAGGGAUGUGCGUAAGUUGAAACGUGUUUUGUGUUUUGGUUUAACUGUCAUUUUGUAUUGACCAUAUAUUAUAAGGAACCUGU